GCUGCCCCUGAAAAUUUGGGAGCCCGAACAAUGGGAAGAACUUUUCCAGACUCUUUCAGCAAAAGCAAGACCCUUCAAGCUGGCCAUCAAGGGCCACUGCAGCGAACGUUACUUGUGGGAAAAACUGUGCCUUGCUCUCCGAAGGACCGGGAUGGAGGAGCAGGUGUCUUUCGACACAACCCUCUACAUUUUGGACAAGCACGAAAUGAUAGAAUGUAAAGCCUUCUCGAAAUUUCACUCAUUUCCUUAUCAAGACGAUCGUGGGGAAGUUUCUCGAUUAUUUCGGCGACUGCCGUCUUUCACUCACGUGACCUCGGCUCACCUAGAGAUAUGGAUACCGGACGUGGACGAGGCCCUCAGCUCCGAUAUAGCUCACUACAUCGAGACAACGUCUGCGCUGAAGGAGCUGCACCUGACGAUAUGGCUGCGUCAGCUGCUUCCGGAAGCGGCGAAGAUUGGCUGGGCGGCCAUCUUGAAAUCGCUACGUCAGAACACGAGCGUGAACGAUCUGCGUGUAGUCACGAGGUUUAUGAGCGGACCGGAUAUACAGCUCUUGGCAGACACACUGAAUUCAUGCCAGAACGUUCGCCGGGCCCACGUGCGAGUCGGAAAACCCGAAUUAGCUGCGGCCUUUGUUCGGCGUCUACGCGAUGGGAUCGAGUGCAACUACAACCUACUCCGCCUGACUGUCGAUGGCUGCGAUCUCAGUCGAUCCGGGGUGAGCAAAGAAUGGUUCGCCAUCUGGGACAUAACAAGGCGCAACUCGGAUCUUGUUGCACGAGCGGCGAAGUACCUCAAUGGAACCCUAGUCGACAGAUACGGCGCAGAGGCCCUCGAGCGGAUCGGCAAACACCCUUCGCUGCAGCAAGAGGUCGCUCAUCUGCUUUCAAUGAGCGAAGUGGAAGCUGCGACGUUGUUGCGAACUGAGCUGAAGGACAUGCAGUCAUUAGAUGGGUUCAUGCGGGCGUCCGGCGUUGUGAAAGACCGCGUGUCUUGUGAAAAGCGAGAAGACGGCCACUUGCGGUUGGACGACCUCAACGAAGACUGCUGGAGUCUGGUCAGACGUCAUCUCCAAGUUAGAGACGUGAAGGACCCCGCACUGACAGCAGACACCGAGGAAUUGUAGCCCCACAUAACGGUGGCCGCGUGAACGGCG